UCCUCGCCCCCGCCAUACUUAAUGCCUCGCUCUCUUCUUCUUUUAUACAUCUUUUUUUGAAAAAUUAUCAUGGACAGUAACCCAUGUCAACGUACAUACAUUUAGGCCUUCUUGUAUGCAAUAGGAGAAACCAACAAAAACGGUCAAUCCAAGAAACGCGCACUGAUGUUUGCUGAUUUUUAUGAUGUUGUACCUGUUGAAGUAACCGAUGAAGAUGGUAAUGAGUUAGACGUAAUCUUGUCCUCAAGUCACAUAAAACAAUUCCAAACCAUGCUUGCAAAACCUACAAAACCCACUCUAAGGCAUCCAACUCAAGAUGUAUCUCCCAAAAUCACGUUUGGGACUUGUGAUACUGUCAACAGCAUCGUUGAAAUCGAAGCCUAUUCCCCAUAUCUAAUCAAACGCCAAUACACUGAAUUGACCAAAGAUAGGAUCGAACUACUCAACCAAAACUGUGAAAUCAAGCCAAGCCAACGUUUUACUGCGGCAAAAGCGCUAAGCGGGUCUGUAAUCAUCGAUACUGAAAAUAAUUACGGUCUCCUUAUUUUGGCAUUGGAAGUAUAUGGUCGUGACCCUGACAUCGAUUGCCACGCUGAACAACGUAGCUCAACUGGUUUAACAAGGCUAACGACAUCUGUACCGUCUGUAGGCCAUAAUGAUUUCGAGAUAUGUACUGUGCGCCAAACCGAAGGGAGCAACAUUUCAAUUAAACUUAUACUUGGUACCCACUCUUUCAACGCCCUUGUGAUUGCUAGUACACGUAUUGACAACUUGGUUGAUCAUCCGGAAUGCGGACGUGAAAGCAGUGUAACGUCUGCUGCGCAAGUUUUUUUUUCUCAUAUUACAUAAAAAAACAAAGACGCCUGCUCCUCACCCACGCCCUAUUUAAUGCCUCGCUAUUUUGAUUGCUCUCUUCUUCUUUUAUUUAUACCUCUUUUUUUAAGAAAUUGACAUGGAUUUUAGACCAUAACCCAUCUCAACAUACCUAUGACCAAGCCUUUUCAUAUGACAUGGGAGAAACCCACAGAAAC